UUACAGGGAACAAAGCUAAGAUAGCCUAUUCAGAAGGCCAUUAUAAUCUUUCUGUCCUUUUCUUUUUUUCUUUUCCCAGUAGAAUUGAAAUACAUUCACUAAGAUAUUUAAACUCCGACGUUCUUUUAGGCCGUCGACUAUAAAGAAUUACAACUGUUCUCUUUCUCUUUUCUUUUUUGUUUUCUAUUAUGGAUAUCACUAUUAACAUUCGCUCGCCUUCUUUAAACGACACUCUUGUUGUUGUCAUAAAUACAGAUAGUACUAUUGCAAAUCUAAAGGAGUCUAUUGAGUCUGUUCAUCCUCAACAUCCUCUUCCUAGUAAUCAACGCAUUAUUUACAACGGGAAGCUAUUAGAAGACUCGGACACUCUUUUGAAUAUCUUGAAAAAGGUUGAUAAAGAGGUCCAUCCUAUCUUUCAUUUAGUCGUGAAACCUUCUGUUCAAUCACUUAAGCAAGCCCCUUUGAAGCCAGCGUUUGCUAGUCCCAUACUGCAACAGACACAACCUCGACCAGAACAAACUCCACAACCGCCACCAGAACAGCCACAGAUAAAUCAAAAUGAAACUCUACCCCAACUUCCCGGUAUGCUACCUGGUGGAUACCAAGUAGUCUAUAUCAAGUAAGUCAUUGUGUUGUAUCUUUAAUGAAUAACAUUUAAAGUGGUCAAUAUUAUCUUGCACCUGUUCUCGCAUCCCUUCAACCCUUACCUCAGCAACAACCAUUUCAUAUACCACAACAGCAACAAGGACCUUUGGAUCCACUUAUUCAACAACAAAUUCAACCACAACAACAACCACAACAACAACCACAACAACAACCACAACAACAACCACAACAACCCAUGAUUAUUAAUCAAUUUGGCAACAUUCAAGCACAAAGAGCAACUUCUAUUUGGCUUGCACUUAAAUUAGUGGUCGUCUUGUUUAUGGUCUGCCAAGGUGCAAGUAUUGAUCGUAUCUUUAUUUUUCAUACAAUUGCUAUUGUUUUCUUUUUAUAUCAAACAGGAAGGUUGAGAUUAGUCUUGCGACGUGUUGGUGCACCACAAAACUUGAACCAAUUUGGAUUCAAUCCACCAAAUAACAAUAAUAAUAAUAAUAAU